AUGCUCGUCGACCCAGUCGCCAAUCCCAGUAAUUCCUCUAUAUCUGCACCUACAAACAUCAGUGACCUCGAAGAGUACCUCAAUACUGAGCUCUUCGGUCCAUCGACGUCGGUAGCUGCCAUGUCCCCUGGACCUGAGGGUUCCUCGCGUGCUUCUUCGCCCUCCUCUCAUUCGGAUUCUUUGUCCCAAAUCCUUUCCACUCCUCCACAACCGGUUGAAAACUCCUUCCCUGCUGUCGAUCCUUACUCUUUUCUUGGUGGCCUAAGUGGCGCUGACGGAAACCAUAAUUUCGGGUUUGGAUUUGGUGGCGGUAGUGGAACUCCUUCGUUCUUCAACUUUUUAGAUGAGGAAAUGAAAGUUGAUCCCUCGACCAAUUCGAUUCCGUUUGAAACUGGCUCGCCGUUUGAUUUUAUGAGCGCCCUCGGUAUCGGUGGCGUGAGCGGUCUGACAAUUGAUCCUUCUACAUCUUUCUCGCCUGGUUCCGGCUCGGUAGCCAUGGCUAUCGAUCCCCAGCUUGUUGACUCACCCUCCACUCAUGUCCAAUCUGAUUUCGGUGAUGACGAGGAUAAAGAGCAAAAGACGGAACAUGCCGUUGUUCCUAUCAUAGGUGACGAGAAGAAGACUCGGUCACAGUCCAAAGCCCUAUCUCCAAAGACAUCAGAAGAUGCCGCCGAUGUGACAAAGGAAGCACAGGAGAAGUUAACCGUAACGAUUACUCCCGUCAAAGUCGGUGGGCAUGGUAAAGCGCGCAAGGGAACUGUGCAAAGUGGUGGUGUCACUAAAAGAGUUGUCAUUCCCACCACGGCACCUGCUACUGUACCCAUACCCUUACCGGUCCUUGUUGCGCCCUCCUCCCUGUCAUCAACUUCAUCGUAUUCCCCUUCUACGUCCGCCGCGUCUUUACUGUCGCGUAACAAGGAGAAUGUCUCCGCCGCAUCUCCUUCGUCUUCAACAACUUCGCAUUUAAAAGAAGUUGAUGACAGGGAUAAAGAUGAUGAUGAUGAUUUGCCAGCGGACUGGCGUCCACCCCCAGAGGUUUUCGCCAAGAUGUCAAGCAAAGAAAAACGACAGUUGAGAAAUAAGAUUAGCGCCAGAAAUUUCAGAGUUAGGCGAAAAGAGUAUAUCUCUACCCUUGAGAUGGACAUCGCCGAGCGCGACCGUCUCCUUCAAGCUAUUCGAUCUGAACUCGGGUCUACCCAGUCUGAAAACCUAGCGCUUAGACAGGAGGUUGCGGCACUCAAAAGAGCGUUACUCGACGGCCGUGGCGCAACUUCACCAAUGUCACCCUCAUCCUCGUCAUCGUCUCUCAUUCGUUCUGCGUCGCCUGCUCUUAUCAUCCGUGGUGCUGAUGUGAACUUGAAUAGCGCAGCAGUCACAACCGGUUUGACCAUCGAUGAUUUGAACCUCCCACCACCUGCGCCGUUACCUGAAAGGAGCGCAGCCGAAGAGUUGGCUUUGCGUGCCGCGGCCUCUGGCGCAGCACCCUCGGCGUCCACGUCCAAUGCUACCACUAAUAUUCUUACUCCUAACAUCAAGAAAGACCUCCCUACCUCCCCUCGCCUCAACAAUGCCGCUGGUUUCUGGGGCGGUGUUUCACAAGCUGGAUUUGGCUUUGGUGGUAUGGGUGGUGGCUUUACACCGGUCCACACUGUGUUGAUGCCUGAUCUUAACACCAACAUGAACGUCGACGGAACUAACAUAAGUAUUGGACAGUGGGUCCGAGAUGUUCUAGCAGCAAAUGCUGCCAACUUGAGAGACGGAUCGAGCUCCCCGGAAGCUUCACCAAAACUGCUGCAAGAGAAUAUGAACCCUGUGAUGAAUGUAGCUGGUGCUCACCAAGAGGACAAUAUGUCGCCUAGUGCUGGAAUUCAUAAUGGAUUUGAAGGGUUCGUCGAUACGAAUCCCUUUACAAUGAAGUCUCUGGAUGCAUAUCGAAUGCAGUUAUGGACCAAGAUGGCUGCUUCGUCAUCUCACCAAGCUUCCCACCCAAACCAGUCCCCUCCACAACAACCCUCUCAACCCAACAUUUAUUCUUCUACGUAUGCUCAACAGCGCAAAGCCCUCGAACGCGAACUGUCUUACUCGUCUCCGUUCACACUUCCUUCACAUCAACCGGGCGCAAAGUCUCCUCACUCGCACCACCAUCAUCACAACUUGACAACAUCGCUCAAGCCAGCCUACUUCGUGAACUCCAACAAGCCGAAUCUCCCAUCACCACCGCCACCCAAAAUGGGCAGCACACUCAGCGCUUUGCUCGCUGGGAAACAUUCAACUCCGAAUGCCUUUGGAGGCUCGUUCCCCGCUAUACCAGCACAUUCGUCUCUCCCAUCUUCAUCCAAUCUAAGCAGACCUGCGUUGUCAAAGCAACAACAACAGCAACAAAUGCAACAAGCCCAGAACGUCAUGUACGCCGCACUUGCCAGUACAGCUUCUCAGACAUUGGUGCGCAGAUUGGGGAAUGCAUUUUGGGAUGCCUUUUCUGGAAGCUCUUCUGGACCUUCUGCGUCUGGGUCGGGCGCCCAUUCGCACAUGAAGCCAUGGGAUGCGGAUAAGGUCAGGAAGGUUCUUGAGGGUAAGGCGGUCAUCAAGGUUGUUGAUGUUGACGAGCCGGUUCAGCGUGUGACCAAGCGGGAACCUUCAACGCCCAUGUUGCCCUCUUCUUCCCUGGCGUCAUCAGAUUGCGAUAAAAGCUGUAGCAUGACGGCUUUAUUGGAAGAUAGCAUGAGGACUUUGUCAUUAGGGAAGAAAUGA